UGAUUUUGUUUUGUGAUUUUUGCCGCAUUUCUAUCGGUAGCUCCAUAACAUGUUCAGAUUCUGUCAAAACUUGUUUUAAAUUUGCCAGUUUUGGCUUCCGACAGCGGCACGCUUGAGAUGACUCACAAUCAGUCCUCAAGGAAUGCGAUGAAGUGGUGAUUGUUGUCUAUAUCUCGUCGUCCAUUUGUACUUUUCAUCGCUGUCAUUGACGCUUUGAGCCACGAUGUCGAAGGCUCACGUGUUGGGUUCAGAGGACAGGACCCAGGAUGUCCAGAUAAAUGAAGAUGUGACCUUUGAGGGGCUAAUAUUGUCCGAUGGGACCCUGAAAGGCCUGCAAGAGUCGGGCUUUGAAAGGCCGUCGCCAAUUCAAUUGGUCGGCAUUCCUCUUGGAAAAUGUGGAUUUGAUCUGAUUGCUGAAGCCAAAUCUGGAACUGGGAAAACAGUCAUGUUUGGCGUGGCAGCACUUGAAAUGCUCCAGUUGCCUAGCAAAAGUCUCCAGGUUUUGAUUCUGACGCCAACUCGAGAAAUUGCUGCCCAAGUUGGCGACGUCUUGGUCAGCAUUGGACAGGGCCAUGAAGGCCUUAAGAUUGGAGUCUUCAUAGGUGGCUUGCCUGUCGAGGAGGACAAGAGACGAGCAAAGAACUGCCACAUUGCUGUUGGAACCCCAGGGCGGCUGAAACACCUUAUAGACGAUGGCCUGCUUAACGUUGGCCAUGUUAGAUUGGUAAUCAUUGAUGAGGCUGAUAAACUUCUGGAGCCUUGCUUCGAACCAGAUAUUAGUCACAUCUUCAAAACUUUACCUCUGAACAAGCAAGUGAUUGCAGCUAGUGCUACUUACACACCAGAACUGAAACUCUUCCUAGAAGACUACAUGAGGAGUCCCAUUAGAGUUAACCCUGAGGAGGGAAAGCUAGAUGAAAAUGUUGCUGUUCUGCUGGGUGUGCGGCAAGUGGCUGCUCUUGUGCCUUCACACCCAAAUUACCUCACAAAAUCCAAGAAUAAACUUAAUGCACUCAUUUCUAUUUUGUCAAGUGUUCCUUUCAAGCAGUGCAUUGUGUUCAACAACUCUCAUGGAGUCGCCCAGACAAUAAGUGAAACUUUGAAUUCUAAAGGCUGGCCUACGGAGUUCAUUUCAAGUGGCAUGGACCAACCAUCAAGGCUGAGAGUUGUCAAAAAGUUUUUUGACUAUGAGUGCAGAAUUCUGCUUUCCACUGACCUAGUCUCAAGAGGAAUCGAUGUGGCCAACGUCAAUUUAGUGGUUAACUUGGAUGUGCCAAUGAUCACAGCCACAUACCUGCACAGAAUUGGACGCUCGGGGCGUUUCGGCACUCAAGGAUUGGCAAUCACAAUUGUGGAAAGUAGCAGCAAAGAUUUGGUCAGACUCUUGGGCAUUGUGAAAGACCUCAACAUUACCAUGGGCUGCAUCAAAAUUGAUUCGGCCAAGCCAUUUCAGGAGAAUCUGUUUACCUGCACCUUCCCCACUUUGCAGAGCGAAGUUCCUGUGGAAUUGGUCAGUAAGGUUGAGUCUCCCCGGUCGGCCAAAAGCAAGAAUGACAUUUUACAAGAGAAUGAAAGUGAAGUGGAGACCGACGAAGAGACUGAAAGCUCUAGUUCUUGUGAAGGAGUGGAGCCAUUGGCCGUAGACAAGGAUGAGGAAAAGGAUUUACCUGAGGAGAUUUGCAAAGUCAUGCUAAAGUCAGCUCUCUCCUCUGUCAAAGAUACUGAAACCAACCUCGAGGUAGAACUUCAGAAGGAGCUUGCGGAAAUGCAAAGUGCUCCGUCGGAGUAUGAACCGCAAACACCCCCAAAGCAACAUUCAGACUGGCGCCAAAAUGGGCAUCCACCCCAAAACACCUAUUACAACAACAACCAUCACAAUUACUCUCCUAGAAGUCUGCCUUUUGCCUCCCCUAGGAAGAACAUGUCUCCUCAAUACAAGAGAAAUGAUUACUCGCCAAACUUCCAGCGAAGGGAAUAUACUACUCCCUCGUCCUCCCCCUACUACACACCUUCAAAGGACUACUCGCCUUCCACUCGGUUCUUCAACUCACCUCUCUCCUCCAGAGGAGACUCCUCAGUUUCCAACAGUCCUUUUUCGUCUCCAAGGAAAGAUUUUGCUUCUCCAUUCAGUGCUGACAAGUUCGUCAAAAAGUACACCAAGUUCUUUGAUGAAAAUGAUCAUCAGGAGUUUCAAGCCAAGAGACAUGAAAACUUCACUCCCAGAGUUUUCUCUGCUCAACAGCAACAGUACUUCCAGCAGCAGUUUGAAAAUUCUCUCAGGGAAUUAAUGAAGGACAUCAGAAGUUAUCAGCCGCCAAAGGUUGAGCAAGUUUUGGGAUACGAGGAGCUGGAAGCCCUGAGCAAGCAGUUUGACAAAUCGGCCAUGGUCAACCCAGCGUUUGAAAGGAGGGAUCCCUAUUUCAAUCGCAAGUCUAUUCUCUCAGGCAUGGGCAGGCACUUGGGUGUGCUGUGCAACAUUACCAAACGGCAUUUCGUCUUCAACGGAGGUGUCAAAGGGUACCUGCAGAAACUGGCUGAUGGAUACGAGCCAAAGGAGUCUGACCUUCCCACGUGGGAGCCUGGAGCAGAUGGAUUCAGGGUGUUGCGAGACACCUGGGUGCAAGGCAAAGAGGCUAAUAUCCAAGUCUCCACCCCCAUGCCUCCGCCAGAGCCUCAAACUCAUCAGCCGAUUGCUCAUCCACCCCCAAGGCCUCACUUCCACAGACAGAUGUCAGGUGGUGGCGGAGACAGUGUUCACCUUGUGGUGCCUCCAGUGCCCCAGGCGCACCACACUGUCACAUUCCCACCAUUCCCAUCUGAAGCAGGCGCAUCUCUGGCCGAGUGGAAGGAAAAGGUGAAGUUGGCCACAUUCAUGGUCCACUAUUCAGAGUACUUCAGGAUGAUGAACAAGCAUUGAAGUACAUUUUAAGUUUCGGCACCACAUUUUUCAAAUAUUGACCUUCCAGAUUUGAUGAAAUAUUUAUUUUGAUUGAAUUUGAACCAUUUGAUAAUAAAGAAAACACAAAAUUAA